AUGAAACUUCAUCAGGUAUUAACAGGGGCGACGAAUACAUUCGACGACAAGGCUGCAAUCGCCGUUGGCAGUGUAGAUGAUCACCCUUUCACGGUACAGUUCGAGCUGAAUAAUUUAAUUACUGGUUUACGGUUUUGAUCAGAAAAUAAUGAAUUCAGAGGAAGGCAGAUGUCAACAUAUCAAUAAUGGUACCACUAUGAAUGAAUGACAAUGUUUAUUUCGACUUCAAUCAUAAGAAAUACCUCGUAAAUUUGCUUAUAAAUUGAUUUUUAGCCCAGUAACUAAAUGACUCUAGAGAUCGAUAUAUAUCAUUUUAAAACUUUUCUUUUUGUUACAGUAAGCUUUGAAAAUGCUAUCAGGUCUUAAACUAUAUUAUAGAAAUUCAGGCUAAUCACAGAAGCCUAAAGCAAAUUUUUUUAUGCUCUUUAUCGACGUGAAAUAUAUUCCAGAAAUAUAUUCCAUGAACACUGAAUUGAGAUUAUAGUCUGACAUACGUUUGUUUGCUUUGUAUUUGGUAUUCUUUGUUUUCCAAGGCCUAUGCAUCUGGCUGUGAUGUUGUUAUCCUGUUGAGUGGCUUCACUCGAGUGCAGAUUAUUCCUGGUUCACUGUAUGGUUAUAAAGAAGUUAGCUGUAUUGACUGCUGUGAUUCUGAUGGAAAGGUACAUUUGUGCAAUGAAAUCAAAGCAGUGUUACAGUAGAGUGCUUUUCAAAUGAGUGUUGUAAAACAAAAAUCAAAGAAAUUACAAUAGCCAAUCAUAGCCUUGCAUCAGCAUGCCCUGGAGAUAUGAAGCAUGCAAAAAGUUUGGAGAGCAUGAAAGAAGCUCUAUUUAGGCUUGGGGAGGCUUAGCAGAGAGUAACUCUAGCUUUAUCAGUGGUAUAAGUGUUGUUUAAAGAGAAUUUUUUUCUACGACACUUGAUUUAUGUGCACUGUAGGAAUAUGAAGGAUGUCUGCACAAUUAAAUCUGAGACAAAUUAUCAUUAUUUUUUAACAGAUUGCAGCAUCUUAUGGAAAACAGGUUAUCAUAUUUGAUGCCAAAUCAGCAACAGCUGGUAACAACCAUGUAUGUCAGUAUAUAUACUUACUGUAUUUCUUAAGUUUGAUUUAAUCAUUUAAGGUUGAAGUUUUUCAGACUAUGAAUUUGCACUUUUGCUUGUUUUUUAGGGCUUUCCUUUUCAUUGGGAAAAAUCUGCAGAACUUUGCCUAAACUUUAGGAUUACUUGUUUGUCGUGGAACAGAGAAGGUAUUUCAACUGUGUUUGGAUAUUAUAGUCCUUAUUAUUAUUAUUAUUAUUAUUAUUAUUAUUAUUAUUAUUAUUAAUCUUAAGAAUGACAUCAAGCAAGGGCUGCAAGAAUCAUUCUGAAGGAAAGUAGUCUUAGUUGCCAUCCACUGUUAUGGCAACUAAGUUGGAAGUCCCUUAAGGGGUGUUCUACUAUGCACAAUUUAACUUUUGUUUUUAAGUGUUUCCAUCACAUUGCUCCAGAUCUUUUUAAGAGUUAUUUUAUCAAGUCUUUGCAUGUUUAUUCCACUUGGCGUAAUGGUUUAGGUAUUUUAAUUCCUAAAGUCCAUACACAAUCUGCCAAGAAAGGAACAUUUUAUACUGGAGCCCAGACUUUCAAUAACUUGCCACUGCAUCGUAAGGAAGUUGACUCCACAGUGAUUUUUAAAACACAGCUUAAUGAUAUUUUUUUUUCAGAGUUCUGGAAAAUCUUUUGGAUUUUUUUAAUAUAGUUAUAUAAUUCUUGGUUUUUAUCCAUCGACAUUGUAAAUAGUUUUUACAUUUUUCCGUUGGUUCAUGUGUUACAGGUAUUUUUUCUUUAAUUGUUAAUUUUUUAGUCUCCCAGGGCACCCAUUUAUAACAGUUUCAGCUGAAGGGUUUACCCUGGUUGAACAUGUUAUUAUUAUUAUUAUUAUUAUUAUUAUUAUUAUUAUUAUUAUUAUUAUUAUGUCAUUGUUAUUUAAGCCAUCAAGUAUUCCUUGUUAUUAGUGCUUCUGGACAAGUGUUAGUCUGGUGCUAAUACUCAUUUUUACCAGUAGUGCCAGAUCUUUAGCAGUCCUUUUGCUGGCUAACUUACCUCUAGUACUCAGACUUUCUCAUGGGCCAAGAAAUGCUCAUGUUGCAGUGGUAAUAAUAAGAGUUUGCAAGGAGGCUGGUGUUGUUUUUAUUUAUUUAUUGACAUUAUAGUUCACAGGUUUUUUUUCCUAUAGAAAUGGAAAAACAUUAACCUUGUGUAAAGAUUGAACUUUGGAACACUCAUUGCUCUGUUUUUUUUCCAGGAAAACGACUACUUGUGGGAGGGGAUUUUAUUCAGCUGUGGAGCUGUGAAGACUACCAUGAACAGAGAAACUUACUAGAGGAGAAUGUGUUUUGGACAUGUAUUUGGACAUGCAAGUAUGUAGUAUGUUAUAUUAGCUCUUAGUUUUCAAAUUUGUUUCUGUGCAUUGGUUGUUUCAUAUCUGUACAAACAAGUUUCUUUUUCAUAUGAACUUUGUAACAGACCUCGCCCACCAUGGAGUCUCUGUGGCUCAGUGGUAGAGCAUUGGGGUGUGGAAUCCAAAGGUCUGAGGUGCGAUUCCUCAUGGGGACUAAGAAUUUUUUCUUUUGUCCCACGCUCGUGACAAGACAAAACAAACAUAAUUCUCUAUUUCUUUACUGACCUCAAAACUUAUCAUCUCUCUUAUUUCUAUCUACAAACAUUACACUAUUGACAUUGCUGAUGUCAUUAAUUCAUCUGUUUUCACACAAACAUUCUCUCUGUUUGAUAAAAAUGUAAUCUUUGUGCCUUCUUGAUUUAGGCCUUCUGUUCCAGUUCACCUUCUGCAGUUUUCUCCUGAUGGCCAGUAUUUCUGUUCAGUUGGAAAGGUAAACCUCAAAGAUAUGCUGUGUGUCUAUGUUGAAGUUUGUCAAGACCUUACAGAUGUUGAUAUGUGUGUCUUAAAUUGUCUUUUUUCUUCCAGUUCAGGUCUUUUCCUGUUUUAAUGUAAUUUACAUGAAAUUUUGUGACAAUAAAGACCCUAAAACCAUUCACUCACAAGAUCUCAAUAUUAGGUCUUUGUGCAGUUUUUCGUGUAUUUCCUUUAAGUUUAGUCCUAAGAAUUUGGUUUUGAAUCAGACAACAUUCUGAAAUUGAUAUCUUUGCCAUCACUUCUCAUCACCUUCAGCUUUGAAAUGUGUUGAUAUUUGUAAAGAGGAGCUGUCUUUUAGUAACUCCCAGAUGAACAAUGGUUAAAAGGGCCAGAAGAGUUAAAUGAAAAAAGCUCUUAGAACUAAAUCUCUCUUUGAAUUUUGCUUUAAAUUUUUUUUUGUAGCAUGAUCGUCUUAUCAAAGUGUGGUUUGACAACAACCAAGGUCAGUGUCAUGAGGUGCAGCCAAGUUUGUUCUGAUACCUCUGUUUUGGAAAUUAUGUUAAUUGUUAAAUGAAACAGGUCUAUGAAGCUAACCACUCCAUGUAUCUUGUUUCCAAAACAAGAUACUGCUGCAGCUUAUUCUCUUACUACAUCCAGUCAGCAAAUGUGUGUGGCACUAUUUAAUCUUCUACAUUUUUGCACUUUGCAGUCAAUCCACAAUAUGAGACUGAAGAGCUGCAAGAAAGAGGACAGUUUCUGAACAGUGGUGUUUUAGAUUACACUUUUGUGUAUCUGGCUCAUCCUGGACCAGUGACAGGAAUUUCUUGGAGAAAAACCAGCAAAUAUAUACCUGUGUAUGUAAACAUUCUUUACUUCUUACCCCCAACAAGUUCUUGAGUGUGUGAGAUUUUGAUAUAUUACCCUUAGACUCUUGAGAUCCAAUUGAUAACUUACCUUAAUUACAGUUUUUAUAUACCUCCCUGUAACUUAUUUAUGGUUAAGAGAAUUUGGUGUCAAACUGCACUGACCUUCCUGAUUGGUAAUUCUAUUCUCAUCACUAUAAGCAAAUGCUGGUUGGUAUAAUGGUGUUGGUAAAGGAAGAAAAGGGUUAAUAUUUUCAAAUUUUAAACAAUGUUUUUCAGUUUUAUAUUUGAAAUUAUUAUUCCACAUUCCAUUCCAUAUUAAUUUUAUGCAUUACUUGGUCUUUCACCGUGUGUGUUACUUUCCUGGUGACAUUUAGGUCAAUACUUUAGGGUACAAAUUUAAAAUUACCAGAAACCGGCUAACUUCACUGAAGAAUUGCCAAGUCUAAAUAUCAACAAAUUCGUUUCUUUAUGGUCUUAUCAUCUUUUAGCUCAACUGUAGCCAACUGUCUUCUUACUUCAUGCACUGACAAUGUCUGCCGCAUCUGGUGUGAGUCCAUCAAGCAAGGUGACCACAAUGCCUCACCCUCCCAUCCCACAAAGAAUCAUCACAGGUGCAUGUGGCAUUUAUCACAGCAACCGAAAAAGCCUGUAGCCAAGGAUGACACAGCAGAAGAUCCUCUACUGAGAUACCAACUGCCAUCAGCCUUGCAAUUUCACAUCGCUGUUGCGGUGAAUGCUCUGAAUGAUAUUCCAAUCCUGUCCUCGCUUGAUUCCAUCUCAAGCAGUAAUCACAGUAGUUUUGUUCUUCACUGGUUGAACAACAAAGAAAUUCAGUUUACCAUGGCGGCUGAGUCAUGUCUUGGCGCACCAGUUCUCGCUCUUGAAGUGGAGAGUAUAGACAUCAGCGAUGACUCUUCCAACAGUGACAGUGAGGCAGAGCUCUUGGUGCCGAGUGACGAGGAAUUUCCAGAAUCUUACAAACGUAAGAAUCAGCUAGAUAACACUUUAGGUAGAGUUGCCAUAAUCUCCAUAAGGCGUGAACUCCCAAGCGACCUUUUCACGGAAAAAGGCUCCAUGCGGAGGAUCUUAUUUCAAUGUAUUAGCAUUUUUUGUUUACAGUGCAGUUUGAGUUCUGUUGGAUGUCGAAAUAGACCAGUCCAUUUCUUGCCAUAAAAUGUUCAAAAAGAUGAAGAGAUAUAUGCUUAAAAGCCAUAGCAGAGCCAGUGCCCCAAAUGGUGCUAACCUAUUGAAUUUUCUGAUGGAACAGAAAAGACUUCUCCUAGGGUCACAAGGAAUGGAGUUUUGCCUAAUCUUAGCAAAGCGACGCGCGUUCUAAUUCUUUUCAGGAAGGCAUCUGCAAAGGUUGGGGGUAAAUAUGAAUUUCUUUUACAGCUGUGGGUAUUUUUAUCUUUUCAAUAGCUGUCAAGAAAGAAAUACCUGCACCAGAGAUGGCGAAAGAAAUCAAGAUCCCUUCCACACCGAGACCAAGAACUCCUUUAGAUUACUUAAAACACAUCCAAGAUGACACACUUAGUGACGUUGAGGAAUCAAGUACUUACGCCGCAGUGGUAUCCUCAUGUAUUGGUAAUCUUCUCCACGAGUGGUACAACAGCCCUGACACACUUCUCGCUGUUCAUCCCGUAGAUGGUUCACUUCUGGUGUGGCUUGUGGAAUGGCUUGACGUGCAGAAUGGUGUACCAUACAGACAGCCUCAAGUUAGCUUUUUAUCACGCAUCCCCAAUGUUCUUCCCCCUGCAGAUGCGAACUCUUUAUUGAACAAGCUCAUUGUUUAUUGUCCGAGGGAAGACAAAGUCCGAGCUCUGAGGAACGUGAUGGUCAACAAGAGUGACGUAGUCUUAGCAGGUCAGCGGACGGCAACAAAAGCCAACGGAACGGGACUCAACAUUUCCCGUUCAAGUUUUGGUAAUUUAACAGGAGGGACGCAUCCUACGGCUAUCAUGAUUUCAACGCACAGAGACGGUGCUCUGAACCUCUGGCAACUUGCAUUUGCUGACAACUCAUCAUUUUCUACUGUUGUUAGUGUUUCUCAUCAUGCCCGCAGAUGUGGACAUAGAUAUCCCAUCACUAACAUCUUAGCUCAUCCAGAGCUGCCCCUGAUGCUUUCCACGUCAAGUCACGAAAUGGAAGCGAGUAAGGGCGAAGACAAUUUGAACAAUGUGGAGUUACUAAGUAUGAUAGAUGACAAAAGCAAAACUCGAAAGCUACAUUGCAACGAACUCAUUGUGUGGAAGGUGGAGAGCGUGUCACCGUUACGGCAGAGUGGUGGAGUCAUGGAGCUCACGCGUGUAAACUCCUCUCGCCCAAAUGCUUUUCUGAACAUAGCUUGGGUUCCAACCCUUUUCUCUCACUCCCUGAUCUCAUUCGACAGCAGUACAUCGAUUCCGCCCCAUGCUGUCGCUCCUUGUGCGUGUUUCUUGGCCUUAGAUGGGACUUGUUACAGAUUCUAUCAAGUGAUCUUGGAUGCCAGAACUUUACAAGGUUAUAUAUCAAGCAACAAGACCAGAACACGUUCAACUCUGUAUUCAAGUGGUAGUGAAGGGAGUUUAGACUCAUUAGAUUUUGAAAGCCCCAGCAGUUCAGUUCCUGUUGAGUGCUUUAUUGAGUCAAUAGUCAGUAGACAAUCUGGCGCAACACCUGGCUGUAUUCUGAAGCUUUGUUCGUUAGCUGACUCUAAGGAUGUCCUACGAGAGCCAUUAUUACUGCACGUUUUCACAGAGAGCUCCGUAAAGUCCUCUUGUUUCUUUUCCUCUAACGAGAAACCGAGUAAUGAGAAUGAGGAAGAUCAUCAACGAAGUUCGCACAGAUCUGAAGACACUUUUUACGUAGUCGGUGUUGAGAACAUCACCGAUGAGCAAAGUGAUACUGUGUCUAUAAUUUACAUGUGGCAGGUCACUGUCACUGCUACCAAACCAGAAACGAGUCUGAAAGGAUCAGGCUUGGAGUCGCUAUCGACCUACCCAGAGGUUAUACAGCCUUUAAGUAGAAGCAGCAGUAGCGCUUCCAACAGGAGUGCGAGUCCCCUAAACUUGCCCCAAUCAGGGCACGUGACUAGUAGUAUCGUAUCAAGGUGUGUUUGUCGUCAGAAGCUUCCGCUUCCUAGUGGAACGACAAUUAAAACAGCUACCAGAGCUGCUGAUAAGAUGUCGUCCUCUGCGGUAAAUCCGACUUGUCCAGCGCGGUAUUUGUUCACGUCGUCGUGUUCAGAUGGGAAGGUAAGGUUUUGGUCAUGCAGGGAAAUUGUUUCAGAGGGUCGGUUCACGUGGGAAGAGACUUCAUGGCUGUCAGAUGGCAGGAAAUGUGCUCAUUCCACGGAGCAUUCAGACAGCCGUGUGUUAGGACUGGAUGCACCUGGGGAGGUGUUAUCGCUCAGUUGUGCCUACACAGGGAGGAUUGCCACGCUCUGCAGGAACACUGAAGAGCAGGAAAAAGAAAAGCUUGACUAUUCAGUGUGUAUCUGGGAGAAUGAAUCGUCAGGAGGAAUGGACUGGAUUCUGGAGGACACACUGAAACUCGACUGCAAGUUUCUCACCGAUAAUUCACAGAUUCGUCUAGAAUGGACUUCCGCCGAGGAUAGUACGUACAUUCUAACUGUUUGUAUCGGCAAUGAAGCCUUUAUUUUGGGGUGUGCGUCAAGAAUAGCCAAUACAACUGUGAGAGGGGAGAGUACGUCCACUGGCAAGGAAACAUGGCUGCUUCUUCACAGUGUUCAUUUGACAUCAGAGAACAAAUGGCAGCUGCUAACAAGAGCACUCUCGUGGAUACGCAAUGGAGUCCUUGUGGUAGGCCUGGGCACCGAAAUGCAGGUGUAUUCACAAUGGAGAGUAAUGAAGGACGGCACCCUCUCUCCCUCGGACACCAUGACCUUUGCUCCUACCGUAACCUUGAAGAAGGUCAGCGAAGUGUCCAGGGGAGGGUCAGGAAAGCUUGUCCCCUUGUCACUAACGCCAGGGGGUGGAAUUGGUUUGUUUGAGGGAGCCGGAACUAUAGCUCCCGUUUUACCUCAGUUUCAUCCCAAGCAUCUCAUGGAACUCAUGAACUUUGGCAAAUUAAGGAGAGUCCGGGCGAUAUUACAUCACUUGGUAUGAUUUAUAUUAAAUAGUGUGUUACUGUAGUUCAGCAUGAAAUCUAAGGAGACACCGCCAACCCCACUAGUUAGAGUCCGCCAAAACUUUUCCUGUAACUACGCUAAGAACUUUAACUACGUCAACUGAAUUAAACAAUUUCUUCCGCAUCAGCAUUUAGGUAAACCACCUUGUUUAAAAUAAUCAGUACCUACUAUAUACGAAAUAAUAAUUCAAUGUUGUGGUACAAACGUUUUUAAAGGUACAAAAUAAAUUUUCUCGCCCAUCAAGAAAUUGAGAGUUCCUAUUUUGGCAGGGUGAUCUUGGAUUUGUAGCAAAAAAAAUGGAUGACUUUUGCCAACGAUGAGAUUGGUGCCCUUUGUGAUCUGGUCAAGCCCCUGUUCAGUGAAUCACAGCUGCUUUCCUCUAUCGUAGGUGUACUGUGUUGCUGGCCGUGAAGCCAUGGAAGCCGCCACUAAAGCUGUCGUCCAAUCAGCGCACAGCAGGCCACGUCUUAGCAGCAUGAGUAGCAUGAAGAGCAUUGGAAACGUGUCAAGCUCAAGCGAACCAGACCUAGAGGGACUGGUGCCCGACGAAAAAGAACGAGCACUUUGUGUUCCGCCAUUACCGUUGUAUGCUCUGCUUGCAGCUGAUAAAGACACUAGUGGCAGUGGAUCGGCUACAGCAGGUAUUCAUAUUAGUUUGGCAUGUCACGUAAUAUCGGUUUUCUUCGAAUGUCAAGCAGUCCUGUCACCGGAAUUACAUUUGAUCGCAUGAGUGAUGAUAAUUUCAUUUUAUCAGUUUUAAGGGAUUAGUUUACAUACUUUUAUCUAAUAUCAGCAUUGAUACUUUUUGUUGAUCUGUACUUUAUGUUAACGGAUGUUUACUGUUUAGACUUAGGACAACUCAAACUGAAUAAAUGGGUGAAAUCAGAGAAGAUGAGAAUGGAGUAUACUUUAAGUUUGGAAAUCAGCGGCCUGACAAUUGUCCUUUGCAAUGCUCGGACAUCACUGUUGCUUGUCUUGUAGUUCUAAGUAUUUCCAGGAAAAGUUUUUUUCAAAAUUUCAUAUUUACGAAAUUAAUCAUAACUUGGUUCUGUAAGAGUUUGGCUUUCAACUACUGGCGUACCCAUGGAUUUGAAUGCUUUUAUGUCGUAGUUUCGUAAAAAUACAGUUCUGUCUGUUCCCCUAGCUGAUUCAGUAGAUGGAACACAAGGAAUAUCCGCUGAUGAAACAGACUACAGUACCCUGUUUGAGUCAUCGCGUUAUGGCUCCAGUUUUGAAUCCGACGAUGAAGACAACAGAUUCUUAGAUAAAAAGAGAGCCAAGAGCACCCCAACUCAUGUGGCACAGGCUGGUAGUCCGGUGCACUUCGGGUUGGCACAGGUCGGUAACUACUAGGUUUUCCGUCGCAGAGCAGUAGAGAUUUCGCAGUAACGUAGGGAGAUCCCAACAGCAGCGCGUGUAGAAGGUUGACAACAUCGUCACGCCUUUCGAUUGUCUCAACACCAGUUCGCGCGCCGAAAGUGGAUUUGAUUCCUCGCCUUUCCGUCUUGUUGCAUGAAUUGGUAUUGUGUUUUUUAAAUCCACCGAGUAAGGUUUGCAUGAUACAUCGAGCCUUGUGAAACAGACUGUUUCAGUCAAAUGAACAUAUAUGGUAGCUUAAAUAGCCUCGUAAACCCUAUGUUGAUACUUUUUAAUUAAAGAGAGAAUGUAUUUUUUAAAUUACUUAUGGCAGUAGUGAAGGUCCUCAAUCAGGCGCCUUAAAGGAGUUGUAGUAAAUAUUAAUUGGAAGCAAUGUGUGACGUCUCCUUGGAGGAUGAAAAUGGUUUUACGUCUUCUCCGUCGAUGAUUUCCGGGAAAAAUCCCAUCGAGUGUAAAUGGUAUACAACCCUUUACAUUUCCACGGUCCAAUGAUUCGUAUAUUUGAUGUAGCAUUUCUUAUCUCAUGUUUCAGUGUACUUUGAAUUCGUCUUUUCCAGGCUCAGUUGCUUUCCCAUCAGCUAAGCAGGAAACCUCUUCCCGGCUUAACCAGCAUUGAACAACUGGAACUGUUGGCUCUGGCAGAUACCUUUGCCUCAACCAAGCUCGACUUGGAGGAAAGUCCUGGUUCAAUUGAAAGAGGAGUGAAGUUUGCGAAGAAAGAGGGUACCUCAAAAUGUUUUAUUGCCGAAUUAUCGUUGAAAUAUAGCCACAACUUUACUUUGUGAGCCGGUUUUAAACGACAACAAUUCAAGUAAUUUCGAGGAUUAGAGAGUAUCGUCUUAAACGCUUCUACACCCUCUGUAUGCAUAUUCUCCAUCCGUCCUGAUUAUACUCUCUAAGGCGCUGACAAGGAAUAUUUGUUUAACAAUCAAGAACUUCUUUAGUUGGUGAUCAAGUUCUUUAUUCCUUUGACCUUAAUGUGUGAUUCGGGGAAUAUAUUGUGAGGAGAAAUUAGAGGCUAGUUAGGGUCAAAUAGCGUAAAACCACAGAUAAAGGAGUGAGUUGACAAACAGAAAAGGGCGAAGAGUAGUUCCAGGACGAUUGAACAAGGAUUGAAAAAGAUUAGGAAAGACGAUCUUGAAAUUGUAGUCUCAAUUCUUUAACGUCUACAAACCGUGUUGUAGCCUGUUACCAAAGUUUAUUUUUCUUUGCAGAGGAAAGUUACAGCAGCGUAGGUGGUCUGAUGGGAGGUCCCGGUGGAGGCGGAGGUGGAUACGCUACAACAGGAAGCAUUGGAGCAACAGCAGGGAGUGGCGGAGAUGCUGUGGAUGAGUGUGGGUUGCGCUUUUUACUUGCCAUGAGACAUCAUACCUGCCUAAUGAGGUCACUGCCUCCUAAACACAGGGCAGUGCUGGAGGAAAGGGUAAAAUUUAUUGUUUAUCUUACAGUCCAACUCGCUUAUGGGGACAUGUCUUUCUCUGGCAGAAAUGCACCUUUCCGAGUGGACGAUCAUUUCCCAAAUCAGAGAAGAACAUCGACAGAUACAGAUGCAGUCACCCCACCCUUUUUGCAAAUAUUCCCGUUUCCUAUGAACGCAUUCACUUGGCCUCCUUAUGCUGUGCCGACGUUUACCUUUCAUCUUCAGACAGUCAACACUCCUGUUUCAUCUUUGUAGGCAUUUACCUCUCUCAUGCCGACAGCAAUCCCUCUCCUCAUACUUGAUUUCCCCAUUUCUUUCGUCGUUGUUUCAUCAAACUAAUUUUAAUUUCAAGACUUUAUUGUAUUGCCCUCCAGUGGGGAGGGAAAUUCUCAAGUUUCCUUGUGAUUGGGCUUGGGGUCAGGGCUAAGGCUGCAAUUAAUGUUCCACGACAAACUGCCUUCUUAAUACGUUUAAUUGCUAUGAAUUGUCAAAGACUUCCUUUGUUAAGAGAGUAUAUCAAGAGUGAAAUUCUUGCAGGGCUUGUCAUCAUCAUAUUACGGAUGGGCGUUUCAUUCUGAAUCUGAGGAGGAAUUAUUAGCCAUGGUUCCUCCCGUGCUGAGAGGUGAGGCCACUUGGUCGGAACUGAGACGUUACGGCAUUGGGUGGUUGAGGGGUGAGAAGGGUGGGUGGAGAAGGGAGCAAUGAAACUCUUUCGCUGAGUCCACAAAAAGAGAAGGCUGAUCGAGAAGGUAACAAAAACUUUGUGUACACCUCAACGUGAGACCCAUUCGGUGCGCACUCCAACAAAAACCUGAGAGGGUUUGUAGAGAAGGUUGAAAGUAAACCACCACAUUCCGAAUGCGGCGUGGUGGUGGAUUCCGAAUGUUUAUCAUUAAUGGGCCAUUAAAAGAUGUGAAAUCUUUUUGAGUUUAACAUUUUUAAGACUGGUUAACUAUUCAAGGGGGGUGUUUUGUGUUUGACUAAAAUCUUUUAACCCCUAGUUAACAGACUUUGCGCAGACGGCUAAAGCACAGUUUUCAAAGAACCAAGAUCCCAUUGACUGUGCUCUGUUUUACCUGGCCAUGAAGAAAAAGAAUGUAAUCUGUGGGUUGUACAGGUUUGUUCUCGCUUAUUGUUGAAAUUUAUGAGUGGUUUGUCCGUUUGUGCAUCAGGUUUCGUGCAGGUUUAAAUUUCCGGUCAUUUAAACACAAUGUUUAUUUCAAAACUACCUUUCUCAAUUUUAUCACAAAAUACAGAACAUGGAGAUCUUUCCAGGCCUGACUGAUUGAUCUUAAGUUAAUCCAAUAUUUCCCGUUAAUCUCAAAGGUCAUGACUUCGAUUGCAUAUCGGUAAUUUAGAUUUUAAUUUUCUCCCACUUUCGCUGCUAAUGAACUUCUUUUUUGAACGUGGACUUUUUCCUUUUUUGAUCACCAUAGCUGAAGUUUUCAAAACAAACUUGAACCCUUUCCUAUACCUUUUUUUAAUUUUUCAGAACUGUAAGAGACACGAAGAUGUCGCAGUUUUUUGCUCGGGAUUUUACACAAGACAGAUGGCGCAAGGCAGCUCUCAAGAAUGCUUAUUCUUUGUUAGGAAAGCAGAGAUUUGAUCACGCCGCGGCGUUCUUCCUUUUGGCUGGCUCUUUGUGGGAUGCGAUACAGGUACUUUGUAGAAAUUCAGUCGUGUGGAGAUGUAACUUUCAUUCUCACUGAAUAAAUAAUCCCAGUUUUUCACGAAGGCUUUGUCAGAGACUCAGAAGAAAAUGAUUAGAUGCGUCAUUUACAUCUUUUUCUUUAUAUCUUUUUUGUUUUUCAUUCGGUAACGCCUGUUUUGUUACUAAAACAGGCGUUCCUUUCAAGCCGUUCUUGAGGCAUUAAGCUAUGUUUAAAUUGCUUCUGCUCCCACUUUUCAGGUUUGCAUCAGUCGAUUGCAAGACGUUCAACUAGCCAUGGUCCUCGCUCGGCUGUAUGAGGAAGACGCUUCAGGGGGGGCCCUCUACACUCGCAUCUUAAAGGAGUGUUUGUUAGGUCAAGGUGGUAGUGCGCAUGAGCCAACUCAGGGUAAGCGAAAUCUUUCAUGGUGGUUAAUUACCGUGGUGUGGAUGAAUUAAAAAAAAAAUUAAAAAAACCUAAAUUUAGGCUUUUUCUUAUGGAAGUGAUAGCUACAAGGUUUCAAGUACUAACCUUGAAGGGGUCUUAAGCCCCCCGCCCCCCCUCUUCUUUCUCUCGUCUGAAGCGAUUGUUGGUUUACAGUAUAACCUGAGAUCGCUUGCUCUUUUUUUGUGAACAUUUCAGACCCAUUCCUCCGAAGCAUCGCUUACUGGAUCUUGAAAGACUACAACCAAGCAUUGGAAACAUUGAUAUUUGAACCAACAGGACACAAGUCCCAGGAGAAAAAAUGCAAUUCUUUAGCCGCCAGCGGUAAUCCUGAUGUCUUCAAUUUUUAUCUCUACCUGCGCAAACAUCCCCUGAUUAAAAGAAGAAGAUUCAUGUAUGAACACGACAACAAGAUCAAAAUGAAAUCAGGUGUGAGAAAACUUUAUCUCAGACAGGGAAGCAUCCGCAAAGAGGAAAUACUUGACGAACCUUUGACGCCCAUGGAGAGGCAACUGUUUUUCAAGACUGCUCACGCGCAUUUGAAUUCUGGAUGUCCCGCUUUAGCGCUGCAGGUAUUGAUGGAGCUUCCAGCUACUGACAUAUCUGCGGGAGAUGCAAGCACUGUUGCGGAAGGUGAUUCCCCCGUGGAGGACACUAGCAACAUGGCAGACGAUGUGACAGGUGAUAUGAUCAGCACAGGAACACUCGGCGAUUUUUCCUUCGGUGGCGCUGAUACAGCCGUGAAUGGGAGAGCUGAUGACUUCGAUUGGAGUAAGCCGGUCUCGUCCAAGCUUGGUGGCGAUUCAGCGGCUGAUUUUGACUGGAGUCAGCCUUUAGCGCCUGAUCUAGGAGGUGGAAGUGUCGACGAUUUUGAUUGGUCAAAACCUGUGUCGUCUAAAUUGAGUGGUGACGGUCUUGACGACCUUUCAAAUGGAUUUGAUUGGAGUCAACCUGUGUCCGAGAAGCUGGGUGGACUGGGGCUAGAUGGUGUAAACGGCUUAGAAUCCAACCAAUCAUCUUACCCCAACAAUAGUUACGAAACUAAUGAAGACUCUGAGUAUAAAAAAGACAACACCGCAAGUGAUUCUAAGGUACAUAAUGAUGAACUUCCCUCCAAGCCUAAGGAGACGCGACAUUUGGACGUAGUUGCACAACAGAUGAAGUUUUCUGCAAUUAUUAAACUCUUAAUCAACGAACUACACGGUUUGCCAUCAAGUUGCGAGAUUGCUGAUGAAGAUUUGCGACCGUUUUUCAUCAAGUGGUUAGAAAAAGAGCUCGGAGUGCUACACAAGAUGUCUGACUAUGGUAUUGUAGCAGAGGAAAGUGAAGAUGAGGAGGAAGACACUGUUGAAAUUAACAUUCAAUCAGGUAUGAAACGCUUUUAUUUUCUGCGAUAGAGUUGUGUUGUCUCCUUUACCUUUACGUAUUAUACAGAGGAUGGACGGUGGUCGGAUCGUGAAUUGAUAUCUUGUAGACAGGUUUGAACAGGAAACGAGUUUGGAUUCACCGUCCUGUAUGAAGAAGAAAAAAGUCAAUUUGUGACUAAUUAUGGCAUGGUGUGCUAUUUGAUAGCUGUGAUGAUAACAAAUUGGUAUAAUUUGAAAUAAGACAGUUUUUAAGAUCAGAUUAUCCAUGUGUAUUGUUAUAUUACAUGAGUACAAAAUGUUUACUAUGCGUGUAUCUUGUACUGUAUUGAACGACGAUGGUGUGCCUGAAAGAUUCUUCUUGUCACAGUUGUGUGCCUAUUUUUAGGGAGUUUGAUGCAUGCAAAAGAAGAGUUCAAGAUACCAAACUACUUCUUAUCAUACUAAUCAUUAGUGAUAUUUUGUUUGAACAGCAGACGAAUCGCAAGAGGGAAGUGCGGUAGAUAAAAAUUACAUUGCGUUAAAAAUCGAUCGCUCAGCCAAGCAUAUUCAGUGGCUGAAAAAGAACCAGAAGCUUCUCACAAUUUUACUGAAUUAUUGUUCGCUUCAUGGAGCUAGCGGCGGAGAUCUAGCAGGUAACAUAUUUUCAUCAUGUUGAACUUAAAAGUUUGGCAACAGACCCCUGUAAAAGGCAGGGAGACGCUAAGCGUUUUGAUCUUGGGCAGACUUAUCUAGAAUCAAAGAAGCUGCUCAUUUCGUUUUAAUGGCUUCAACUUUAAAGUAUGAUCAAGAAAACUAAAUAUUUUAUCAGCUUUAAUCCAGUAAGGCUGAAAUUAGACCUAAGUUGUGGUGGCACAAAAAAAACACCAGGUUGCUGAAGCGUUAACGCAGUUUAUCGCGUUUGUCGUAAAGCUCCAAACUGUGUUUUGUUGACGAAAGAUGAGCACGAUUCAAUCAGACAUUAUUGCCAAAUUUAAUGGAAUGGGAGGUGUUCAAAGAUAUGUGUUGUUCUUUUCUAUGUAGCAAUGAAUAUGGAACUUCUACUUCUCCUUCAUGAGGUGGAGCAGAUGCAUUCCUUGGUAUCUCCCCUGCGCGUACCAUCAGCAGGACCUUCUGUUCCACCCCUCAUCCUGGCCUCAGUAUCUGCUUCCUCAUUUCUGGCCAGCCCUCUUGGAUUCUUACAAUCUCUCACGCAGGAUAUUCUUCGAUUUGUGUUCAGGUGAUAUUGAUUUGUGUUCAUAAUUCCUUUUGUUUCACUUCAAGUCACGGCCUGUCAUUUCAUGUCACUUCACGUCAUUUCAAUCCUCAUUGUGCUUCCGGUAAUUUCAUGUCACCUCGUGCCCCUUCAUACGUACGUGGACGAACCUAUCUAAGGAGUCUUAUGCUGAAACAAUCUGUUAUUUCAUCCUCAAAACUUUGUUUUGCACAGUUUGCCUGGUCCACCAUCCCCCAGCCAUCCGAUUCGCUUGGCAAAUGUGCUGCAUAACCUGACAGGAACCUUGUCAGACUGCAUCUAUCAAAGUUUAACCGGCAUGACUCAAGAAGAGAAUUCUUCAAGUGGCUCAAAGCCUGCCACAGGUACUGAUUGUGAUAUACUGACGGUAUCUUAGAAACACCUCAUCAUUUCCUAAAUACUUUAAUGGUGGUUCUUUGCAGAGAAAAGCAGCUCAUCGGAUGCAAACAAACCAGCAGCGCUUACCGGUGCUCCUUCCAAGUGGCCAGGUGUUCGCUUGCUCCUCUCGCUGCUGGCCACUGAACAGAAAGAUAACAGCACCAAGCUGCGGAUUCUGUUGGCAGAGUCGUGUGUUGCCGUAUACUUGAGUCUGCUUGCUCUUGCAUGGUCCAAUUCUCAACCCAAUCAACUCUAUCGAUUGGUUGUAAAUUCACUCAAGUCAGGCAUGUGGGGUUUGGUGUUCGGUGGAGGCCUAAGGACCGUUGUUCAACAAUCUGCUGGUGGGUUUCAAACUUAUGUCGCGAAAACAGAAGAACUUGUUGCAUGCAACCGUGUUACAUUUAGAUGCGCGAUCACGAAUUAAUGGGCUGUUUGCGGUAACGUGACAUGUGCAGCAGUCUGAUUUCAAAUGCCAGUCGAUGAGCACGUGCUUUUUAGUGCAAAUAUUUUAUUCUCUCCUCUUGGAGGUGUAAAUGAGCCAGGGGCUCACACAGAUUUUCACGGGCAGAGUUAGUUUCGAUGAACAAGCGGGCAAUCAAGAGUGGAGUCCGGCUUGUUAAGCUAGUUUGACCAGAAGACAGAUCAUCACCUUAACGGACGAAAUGUAAAGAAGGGAAAGUAUGCGAGCACCCAAAUGCAUUCAAAGCUUACAAAAAUAGUUAAGAAAACAUGGUUUAUUUUUCCCCCUUAUUUUUUUGCUCGUGUUAACCCAGUCACGGUUUUGAUCGUUCAUCACAUUCGGUUUACGUAAAGGAGGAAAUCCACAUUAGGUAAUUUUAUCUUGUAAGGCGUUGGGACUGAUGUCAAAAAGAAGCAAAGAACUUCAGCGGCUGUCAAUCCUAAUGGACGAGGAAGAGGUGACAAGUAUUGGCAAGGUGCUCGGCAAAGAUGGAACUUCAAGCUGUUAGGCCAGAGUCUAACAGAAACCAUGUCUCAGUGGCUGUCAACUGAUGUGAAACCUGUUUACGUUGAGCAGUUCAUUCCACCAAGAAGUACUCUUAUGGAAUACUUUAUCAGCAAGGUACGGUGCGCGCCAUGAUUUUUUUUUUUAAGUUUGAACAUCGUUAAGUUUGAAUUGGAAUAAUUGUUUAACCUGUUUCCAUGUAUUGUAUUUGAACCCACUUUAUGAUAAGUAAUUUUACAAAUAAUUGUUUAACCUGUUUGACUAUUUAUCUUCAGUAACUGAAAGUGCUUUUGCGUAUUGUCUUUGAAGUUUCGUGAUCAUUGUCAGUAUCUGUGCACUGCACAUCUACCCUUCGCCAAACCCAACAGAAACCUCAACUUGUUAUCAGUUGACUGUUGUUGGGUUAAUUAGGGAGGGGUAGGUGCGCAGUUGCUUAGAUGACAUUGUUUUGAAGUUUUCUAUUAACAAAGUCGUUAGUUGUUUGAAAGUUCACGGAUAAAAUUCCUCAAGAGCUAUUCGAAUUUACAAAGUAACUAGACAUGCAUUAUUCAAUUAGCAUUGUGGUAUACUUUUGUUAAUAUUUCAGCCCCCACUAAUUGGAGAGAAAGGCGUGAAACAUUACGAUUCUGAAGAUGAUGCAAGCGACUCGGAAGAUGAUGACUUGUUUGAAAGUGACGCUGAAAGUGAUCUUGAGUAUUUCUCAACCAAACGAAGGAAGAAAACUGAAGCACGUGAUCACCUAGAUCCUGAAUCUUAUGGCUGGUGUCUCAUGAAUUACACCAUUGGCAAACUGGUGCUCACUAAUUUACAAUCUUUUCUGCCAGAUGUGGGAUUUGAACUAACCGGUAAGAUUAAGACUAUGUUCUGAAAUUCGCUGUAGAAUGUUAACACUUUAGUUGUAUUAGUUUAUUUUUGCUCUAUGGUGGUCACUGACAUAUUUCAAGCUUUGUUUUCGGCUUCUUUCCUCAGAUUUACCCUCUUUAUCACCUCAGUUACAUGCGGCUUUGAAGACGGUGGAGCGCUGGACCCAAACUUUCCUCGACAAACUCGAGACUUUCCAGGGACCUCCCCCUGACUUCAUCUCACAGUUCCCUGUAAGCCAAGAUGGAUUUCCAAGAGGUGGACGAGCUUUAAUGAGAUACAAGGCUCUGAUGGAUCCACAAAAUACUCCUUUUAGGUAAAACCAAUAUCAGUGAUGUCGUGGCUUCCGUGCCACACCUCUCUAGCCUGUAGCUGUAUAAGCAAACAUGGCUCUAACUGUAUUAAUAAAGAAUAUUGAAUCAGGGGCGGUCUCAAAGGAACGACCCAAUGACCCCACAGACAAAUAAACGGACGACUGAGUAAACCGACCGACCGAAAACUGACCAACUGACCGAACCAUGGACCGCCCAAACGAACGAACAAACGAAACAAUACCGAUCAAACAAACGAAGACCGACAAACAUCCUGCCACUUUUGUAACUGGAUAUAUUUCUCUCCUGUAGAUCCACUCGUAACUCUGCAGAGCCUGUUAAACGGUUAUGGCGAACUUUGGUACAUCAAGAAGCUAUACAGGAGAUCUUCAUACAGAAUAUGUUCAAGAAUGACAUGACGACGAUGGAAGAGGUAUACUCCUCGAACCUUUUUUCUCGAGUUAUAAGAAGACGGUUCAUCCCUUCUGUGCGUCUGUUUGAAAAUGUCGAGAAAAUGUUUGGACUCAUAAUAUCCAAACUGAGAUUUUUCUGUUCUGGACAAAAUUGUCUCGACUAAGUGGAAAGUUUGUAAGCUUUAUUGCUAAAUAGGACUUGAACAAAGUUGAAGUUCAAGCCAGUACUGCGGUUACUUUUCCUUUUUCUUUAUAAAUCAUAUUUUCGCUGUUGUCUUCUAUGUACUAGUUUGAUCACGUGGAUGUUGUAUCAGACGCAAAGCCUGUGAAAGUUUUAUAUAAAGACCCAGAGGGUAUCAACACGUUUUGCAUCAACAAGGUAUCACUGUACUUUAUAGUUUUGGGAUCCUCUUUUACAUCACGAAGGUUCAAUUGCCAUAUGACCGCUCUUAGGAAGGCAACCGAACUAAUGUUGCACGUGCGAUUAGCAUGUUCACGUUCAGACAUUAACUUAUUUAUAAGCUCGCUACCGAGUGGUGCGUAUAAUUAUCGCGUGUGUGUGUGGUAGUGUUUUCUUCAAAGAUGUUUAGGUGUAUAUUCAUGCUCGAACAGCAUAAGAUAACUUCGUCUGAUGCUUUAUUCACGCUAUGGACAAAUUUAUUUACUGUCUACUUUGUCUACAAUAUAUAUAUAUAUAUAUAUAUAUAUAGCCAUCUACUAUGUUAAUACAGCUACCUACGUUGUCUGUGGUAGAUACAGUCUCAUCUAUCAGCUUAGAUACAGCCUCAGUAACCUAAGAUGUCGGCCUUAAAUGUAAUCUUUUAACUUUGUGUUGUAGGCAAAUCCAAACUGCAUCGCUGUAGGGAGUCUCAAGGACGUAGAAGAAGUGGAUAUUUCUCGCGUGUUAAGUCCUGAACCUCUGCUGUGGGCUGAAGAUGAAGUUGAACGCGAACAGAGUGAUGCUCAGCGAAGAAGGUAUUUUCUUUAAACUAGGCAGUCUUGUUAAGUUUUUGAAAGGUUAUGUAGCAGUAUUGAUUUGAUGCUGAUUGCAAGGAGGUGUUGUAAACGCCUUCGAGAGAAGUUGGAAAUCUCAGCUAACGUAUUUACAUAAAGAUGUUGUAGCUCAAUAUCGCUUGUGACUGUGUCGGAUGGGUGUGGUGGAAAAGCAGUCAUUUCUUAACUGGAUCUGAAGGCUUUCUUCAGUUCAUUGUUGCCUUAAAAAGCUGCAAGUUAUUAAUUCCAGAUGUUUCAAUAAUGUUCUUUGCGUUGUUUAAGUACAUUAAUGCUAAACCAAGCACGCACAUUCUUAUGCGGUCACUGUAGUGAAAGCUCAGACAAUGAUACUCCAAUAUACCUCUUUGCUUGCUACUUACUGCAAUUCUUACGAAUUUUUUCUCGAACAUAUUGUACAGUUAAGCCCGUUUUCACAUACUAUUACAGUACCCCCUGACCGUUGGAAUCUUUUUAAUCGUUUACUUCAUUUUUUUUUCCAUUAUUUCAUUUAGUGAUGAGUCCGAUUUUAAUCAAACUGGAAAUAUCAGCCCUCAGAAGAGUACACCAGGUGGACAGUCUCUUCACUCAGGCACAGUGGUUAGUGCUGUCUCUUUCAUCGAUCCUGCUGAGUGUUCUGUCAGAGAUUUUGCUCCGCUGUUGAUACAAGUAACGAAUAGCGAGAAGAGAGGGCGACGUAUUUAAAAAACAAUAGAAGUGUAACAAUGUUGUUCCAACAUGUAGUAGAAUAACAUAACCUGUUUGCUACUUUAAAUCGGUGGGGAGGAGAAGUGAUGUUCCAAGCGGCUGGAACUCCUAACGUUAAAACGCCUCGAAGUUCAGGAAAAAUGCAAUCAGAGAGAAAGUUCUAAUUUUGUGUCAAGAAUCGCUGAAAACUAUAUACGUGUUUCUCAUUUUUGCAGCUAUUCAGGAGAACUGUGCAUGGUGUCAAACGGAUGGAUUCUCACCCUCAUCUCCCUUACUGUGAGUUUAAACAGAAGCUGCCAUCAUUUUCUAUUACUGUCUUAGAAUUUGAACCUGACAUGUGUUUGAUCUUUUUUCGUCGCAUAGACAUCUCCGGCUCUCAAGACGGAAGCAUUCGUAUGUGGGAAUUUGGUCAUGCGCAGGAGAUCACAUCCCAUCGUACAUCUGGUUCGUAUCAAAGAGUGACGAGAGCACGGUUCAGUCCGCAUGGAAACAAGGUAUAUUCAGGAUCUGUUUCGUAAUUCUCCCUUCGAGCUGCAACACAUUUCCUGGUAGAUAAGUUAAGAGAAUUUCCUGUUAUAUUAAAUGAACACCUUGCCGGCAAAAUUAUCUCAUCUCAUCACCAAUUCACUUUGAGGAGUUUUGGAAGUUGAAGGUUUUGAUGGUCUGGCUUUUGGCCGCUUUUUGUUAUAGUUUGCUUAUUUCAUGGGCUAGGCUGGAUAAAUACCAAUAUUUUACCUCGCGGAAUGUUGAAUAUUUUGAUCAUUACUGCAGGUAAUGAUUACCUGCAGUUUUUUCAGGCUUUAUAAUUUUACGUGAGAGGUUCACCAUUUGAAUGAUACACUCAGUGAUAAACAUCCAUGAAAAUUUUAAAAGAAAAUUGACUUACCAUCUUUGAUGAGACAUUGGAAACUUUCAUGAAAUCUUUCACGGUCGUCCCACUUACAGACUUGUUGUUACCACUCUGUUGUCUGCAUGUUUUGCAGGUCGGAAUUUCAGAUGCCAGUGGUCAGUUGCUUUUAUGGCAAGUUAGUAGUACAUCCACAUCUGCUGAUCCUUUUCUGGUAAGACUUUUAUGUUAACAGCUCUACCUGCUGCUCUAUAUGCGACCCAAAAAACAUGAACAUUAACCGUCGAUAGCUAAUCUCAAUUUUCUCGAAUUAUUCCAGACUCUAAAGUGUCACAAUAAACAGACCAAUGACUUUGCGUUUGUUGGCUCCUCGAGCUUUAUAGCAACGGCAGGACACUCCUCGGAUGGAAGGUAAGCUUCACAAUUACGUUGGUUUUGGCAGUUUUGUUGUUACUAUUGAAGCUUCGUAUAAACACGUUUCAGUUAGCUGUACCCUGGCAUCGAUUAGGUUUUCUAGAAUUUCCUUUCCAGCUUACGUAUUGCUGUAGCUUAUUUACGGAAUUGUUUUUCUUCCUCUCAGCAAUGUUUGCCUUUGGGAUACUUUAGUCCCUCAGCACAGUUCACUUGUUCAUGGUAAGACUCAUUUAAUAUUAAUUUUUUGAGAAUAAGUAUCUUUUUUCGCAUUUGUGAGCAGUACAAGAUCAAUACACGAUCAGUAAUUUGGUAAAAAAACAAACAAACAAAACAGAAACCCAAAAAAGAAAAAAAAAAUUUGCCGCGAACGUCACAGCCAAUCAGAACCUGCUGGUCACUCCAAGUGUGACUAGCCUGGUUACAAGUGUUUUCCUGCGCACGCGUGACGAGACCAAACAGCAUUUUCGAUGGAGACUGGGAUGCUUACAUGUAAAUUUACACCACAGUUGCAGUUUUGAUUAAUCGGAGCGUUUGAUAAAGUUUUCCUCUUUUAAUCCUUGUUCGACAGCAUUUAUUUGUCAUGAAAAUGGAGCGCCCUGUCUUGCGCACGUUCCUGGUCAGCAACUACUCAUUUCAGGAGGACGUAAAGGAAAUAUUUGUAUCCUUAAGUAACUCGCGAAAAACGUUAAAGCUACUAGGGAUGGCGAAGUUGGCUUUGUAUCGUUUGGAAGAGGUGACUGUUAUUUUAAAGUUCAACUGUUGACUUCCUUUCAUCGCCGGCUUAGCCUUCUCCAUAGAGAUGGGUUGGGUGAGAGCGAGAUCAUCACUUCAGUGAACUUCUACAGAGAAGCUGUCAGAUCAGGCAAUCUGAGCCGUGAUUCACUCAGACUUAAACUGAGCAAAUGGUGGUGUUUCGUAGAAAAGGAAUGUUAUAUUUAAAAUUUAAUGGUUCAGUAGUUUUUUCCUCUACCGCUAUACUUUGUUCCUGCUUUUUGUCCAUAUCCUCUCUUUGUGUUUUCCUCAUGAAUGUCUUAUGAAAGGUUUCGAAAACUAAAAUGAGCGUCCUUAACAGUUGUAAGGUAUAUUUGAUCUACGACAACGUCAACUGCGACACACAUUUUUAGCUCAUGAUGCGCCAGUGAAGAGCAUAGUUGUGGAUGAAAAUGAAGAAUUCUUCAUUUCAGGCUCUGAAGAUGGCGAUAUUAAGGUAUCCGUAAACGGAAUAACUUGGUUUGAGUACAAUCGUGUUUUAAUGAGACAGGCGCACUGGAAAAAUGUUUACUUUUGAAAUCAAUUUCUUCUUGUUACAGCCUCUCGCUUACUUCUUACCCGUCGCGGCGAAAGACACUUAGAAUUAUCAUUUUGUAGUCAUCAUUAGCUUAUGAUUAGACCUUUUAUGUAGAUUGGUUGUUACCAGUAUCCCUUUUUGCUCGUUUUGAUAUAGUUCGCGUCCAUCGGAGCAGCUAUGCGCGCGCACAAUUUUGAAGAACCAGACAACCAUUGUAAUUGGUUGGUUGUGGAAAUUAUCUUGAUCUUAAUCGGAACAGAAAGUUCAGGUUUCUGUAAAUAACUCACGGGGAUUACUUGUUUUCGUUCUUAGUCACUUCUGUACCGUUACUUUAUAGCAUUGCUUUCACAUUUCAGGUCUGGGGUUUGUCAGUACACGAAGAGUUAGAGUGUUACCCGAAAGAACAUGGCAAAGGGGCUUAUCUUCUCAAGUACGGGACUCAGGGUGUGGCUCUUAUGAACCUCCACAAUGGACAGUUGUUCUCUUGUGGGGGAGAUGGUACAGUGAAAUGGAGGCAGCUCUCAGUUAGAGAAACUAUUGUCAAUAGUAAACUGCUUUGA